AUGCGACGUAGCAUUCAGAGCCGUAGUGAUGACAAGGCUGUGGACGUUGCUAACAACUACUCGUUGGACAUCCAGCGGGUGAUCCAAUGUGCGAACGAAAUCAAUACGCUGUGGAUUGUACCCAUCCAGAUCGGCGCUGUUGUCUACAUGUUGUACGUAGUUUUAGGCGUCUCAGCGUUUGCUGGGCUUGUCGUCAUCGCGCUGUCGAUGUUGGUUGCUUUCUUCUUCACAAAGCAGACCUGCGGAUCGUACAAAGAGUUGAUGAAACGCAAAGAUGACCGCAUGAAACCCGUCAAAGAGACGUUCGGAGCUACCCAGAUAGUCAAGUUGAACGCAUGGGAAGGGAAGUUAGAAGAGAAAUUACUCACUUAG